AUGAAAAUAUUUACUUUGAUUAUAGCAGUGACUCUGAUAUAUAACAUUGGACAAUCCAUCUUCAAUGAAAAAUCAUGGGACCAUCGUCAUUUACUUACAAAUCUAUUAAACAACAAAUGGUCAUCAGCAGGCCGUAAACAAAUGACAUUACCUGUUAAGCCAAAAAAGAACUAUCCAAUGACAAUAUUAAUUCUCCUCCUUGCAGGGGAUAUAGGGCAAAACCCUGGACCAAGAACAAAACAACAAAGUAUCUACCCAUGUGGACUUUGUGAACACCCAGUCACAUGGAACUGCGAAGGAGUAUGCUGUGAUGACUGUAACAUCUGGCAUCACAAAACAUGUAUAGAACUAUGUUCUGCAGACUACGACCUACUGCAAAGAUCUAAUGUACAAUGGCUAUGCUGUAAAUGUGAAAGCAUCAACGUUUCUACUUUCACUUCCCACAGUUACGAAUUGAACACUUCAAACUAUUAUGAUCCUUUAACCCACAACAGCACAUUCGAAUCAAUUACGUCAAAUGCAUUUAGUCCACUUAAAGCCAGCAGUCCAAAGGGAAAUAAUUCAAUUAAUAACAACACAUCAAAGAGUAAUAAGAGCAAAAACAGAACAAACAGCAGCAACCUAUUCAAUAUACCAAAGAAACAAAACUUAAGAAUCCUUACACUGAACUGUAGAAGCAUCAAGGACAAGACAUCUGAAUUUUCAGCUGCAAUCAAAUACAUCAAACCUGACAUCAUCUGCGGCACAGAGUCUUGGCUGAAAGGAGAACAUCCUGGAAAAAACCCAACUAAAGAUGCAAUUAAAUCUAGCGAAGUUUUUCCAGAAAACUACACAGCCUACAGAAAUGAUCGAGGAACACUGGGAGGCGGUGUUUUCAUCCUUGUACAAAACGACAUUAUUGUUAUUGAAAAACCAGAGUUUGUAACAAAAUGUGAGAUAGAAUGGGCAAAGAUACAAAUGAAAGACAAAAAAGAUCUCACAAUAGGCUCAUUCUAUAUGACACACAGAAACAUGGAACACAUAAAGGAAUUAGAUAAAUCAUUAGACCAUAUUUCAAACAAAAAUCAAACCAUCAUGCUAACUGGAGAUUUCAACUGCCCAGACAUAAACUGGAAGACCAUGUCAGUAAACCAAAAUGCACAAGACAAGGAAAUCCAAAUAGCUCUAAUGGAAGUUAUCAUAUCACACUCACUAACACAGAUGCACGAAACACCAACAAGAGGCAAUAACUUACUGGACAUAGUGCUGACUUCAAAACCGUCACUCAUCAAAACAUCCUCUAAUGCUCCAGGAAUAUCUGACCACGAUAUGUUUGUAACAGACUGCGAUACAAAACAACAUUAUCAGAGUAAGAAGCCACGCAAAUGCUACAUAUACUCCAAAGCAAAAUGGGAAGAUCUACACAAAGACCUGACUAUCCUUUCAACCAACAUCAUUGAAAUGUACCAUUUAGGCGCCACAGUACAGGAAUUAUGGGACAAGUUCAAGACAGACCUUUAUUCGAACCUUGACAACCAUAUACCAUCAAAACUCAUUCGAUCUAAAACCAAUCUACCCUGGAUCAAUCAUAAAAUCAGGAAAAUGUUUAAAAAGAAAACAAGGCUAUAUCAACAGGCAAAGAAAACCAACAACUGGACCAACUACAGGCAUUUCCAAAAAGAAUGUAAGCGGCAAAUCAGAAAAUCUGAGAAUAACUACAUUAAUACCACAAUCCUAGAAGGGCUAGAAAACAACAACUCAAAACCAUUUUGGAAAUAUGUAAAAUCAAGGAAACAGGACAACAUAGGAAUAGCACCCCUUAAAAGCAAUGGACACCUAAUCAAUGACAGCAAAGGGAAGGCAGAAUUACUGAUCGAACAAUUCAGUUCAGUAUUCCCAAGAGAUAAAGACAAAACUCUGCCAACAACAUCAAAACACAUAAAACGCACAAUACCUCCAUAG